AUGUCUAAUAUGGAAAUUGUAAAAUCGAUAUCAGACACAAAGAAAAUAUCGUCAAAAGAAAUUAAAGAUAAUGUAAAAACAACCGAAAAAGUAAGUAACCGUGAUAGAUCAGAAGUAUCAUCUUGGUCAACCCAAUUGAGAUCAUUAUUUACGUGUGGCCGACCAGGAUUGAAAGAAUUUGAAUAUGAUAUUGACAUAAAUUAUGCAAUUGGGCUAUUAAAAAAAGAAGAUGGAAAUGUUAAUGUGUAUAAUCAUUUACAAGACCUUUUAGAUAAGAUAUUAUUGGAAAGGCCUAAAAAUCCACUACAAAACUUUGAAAAAUAUAGCAUGAUGCUGAAGCGUACAUAUAUUCAUAAUGAUGUUAAUUUUGAACGUGUCUUUGUGGAUAACAUAAACCGGAAUUAUUGCUUUAAGAGUUUACAAAUGUAUAAGUGUGCAUUGAAAACACAAGUUGAACAACAAAAACAAUAUAAUAAAAACAAAAAUAAUAUUAGAAAGUUAGAAAUUGAUCAACAAGAAGAGAAGAAAACUAUGAAUAAUAUUGUGCAAGUUCAGAAUCUUUGUGAAGUAAACUAUAUGUUUAAUAAAGCUGGUUUUGGACUUCCAAUGGAUGAAGCUGCAGUUAUAUAUCUAACCAUGAAUGAAAUGGCUCAGUUAAAUAAAUUUAAAAGCAUAAGGUUUUGGGGAAAAAUAUUUGGGAUAAGAAAAAUGUAUUAUGUAAUAGAAUGCAAAUGGUCGGACGCAGAAUUAGAGCGUAAACUAAUGAGAGUAAACAGUGAAAGCCAUUACUCAAAAUCAUCAAAACAUAUAGAUGAUGAUGUCACACCUGACUCACAUCGAAAAAAACCCAAAUUAAUAGAUCCAGAUAAUGCCCUAGAUACAGAUAAUGAUAUUGAAUCUGCUGUAUCAUAUAUUGAAGGUGAAAUGGCUGAAAAUUCAAUUAAUCAUUACGAUUCAUGGAUUACUUUAAAUGAUAGUGACAGUUACAUAGCAAUACCGAAAUCCUCGUCAAAAACCUUGUUACCACCAGAAAUGUUCGGAGUCGGUGCAAACAAAAAUGUAUACUUUGUCACAAAUAAAUUAAAUACCGAAUGGAUUGAACUAGAAUCGGUUAAGCCACAUCAUAUAGUUGAAGCAAGAAAAAUAAAACGAUAUUUCACCGGGAAAUUAAAAAAUCCGAUAAACAGUUUUCCAAAGUUCAAUGGUUCAGAAAAUGAAUAUCUUAGAGCUCAAAUUGCACGAAUAUCAUCGAGCACUCAAAUAUGUCCACGUGGGUAUUAUAUUAUAGAUGAAAAAGAUAAAGCAGAUUUAAGCAAAAUAUCAGACCUAAGAUCCACAAAUUCAUUAAUUUCUAGCAAAAAAAGUACGAUGAAAUUGUAUUUAAUAUUAUACAUAGUUUAG